AUGACCCAGCAAGACUUGAAACAUGUUCCAGAAUCGAUCAGAAUGGUGCUGAUCGGGCCACCAGGUGCCGGUAAAGGUACUCAAGCCCCUAACUUGAAGGAGCGUUUCUGCGCCUGUCAUUUGGCCACUGGUGACAUGUUGAGAUCACAAGUCGCCAAGAAAACCAAGCUCGGUUUGGAGGCCAAGAAGAUUAUGGAUCAAGGAGGUUUGGUUUCUGACGAAAUCAUGGUCAACAUGAUCAAGCACGAAUUGUCGACCAACCCAGAAUGUUCCUCUGGUUUCAUCUUGGAUGGUUUCCCAAGAACAAUCCCACAGGCUGAAAAAUUGGAUCAGAUGUUGGUUGCUCAAAACAGACCAUUGGAGAAGGCCGUCGAGCUGAAGAUCGACGAUGAAUUGUUGGUCUCUAGAAUCACCGGAAGACUGGUUCAUCCAAGCUCUGGUAGAUCUUACCACAAAGUUUUCAACCCUCCAAAGGUGUCCAUGAAGGACGAUGUGACCGGCGAGGAUUUGGUUCAAAGAUCCGAUGAUAACGCAGACGCUUUGAAGAAGAGAUUAGGUGCCUACCACGAACAAACCGAGCCUAUUGUUAGCUUCUAUAAGAAGACUGGUAUCUGGUCCGGUGUUGACGCUUCUCAACCACCCAAGACUGUUUGGUCUGAUAUUUUGAAAUGUUUGGGUAAAUAA